CUGCAAACCGACGCGUUUCAUUUCGCGAAGGCUGCGCGCGCGGUUUACGGUUAAUUUUCAGUUGGUUUACAAACUUUACAAACGGCGUACGCUUAUCGCGAUCGCUUUUAAUCAACAAACCGAAUUAGUUGCCCAAAUAACGGGAAUGACACAGGAAAUGUGCUGCCGGUGCUCAAUUGCUAGCUAAAUUGAGUGACAAAGUGCAAGUGAUCGAACUGCAACGGUUAAGAAAAAAAACGGUUGUUUUUCGCUUUUUUUUGUUUUAUAAACUAAGAAAUCGUUCUAUAAAUUGCAUUUAUUUAAAUUUUUUUAAGCCCGCGUUUAUUUUAUACUUGUGCGCGCCUCCUGUUUUUAAUUCAUAUUUUACAAUCGGCGUGAUAAAAAGUCUAUGAAAUUCGUUAUUUUUUUUGGUUUUUGUUGAGAGUGCAAGAUCGUGCAUUUUGUGCGUGUGUGUGCGUGCGUGUGUGUGCUUGUGAGGAAGUUAUAGUUUAAUGUUGGUUAGCUUCAAUUGUCGAGCAACAGAGAAAAAAAGAAAUAAAUAAAUAAAACAGCCGCAGCAGCAGCAACAACAACAAAGUGAUGCUGAUUGAUGUCACACACACCACGAAGGAAAAAAAAAUACAAAAUAAAUAAAUUAUCACCUUGAAGGGGUUUAUCAAUUUCGCCAGCACAUAAAGAUGUUAUCUUGGAAAACCGUUUAGAGGUGGACCUUUGAGGUUGACAGUACUGCAGAUUUGCCAGCGCUCACAAACGGAAACGGAAGUGACGCCCGAAAGGAAAAGGGAAAGAGGAAGUGGAAGCGCAGGACAAACGGCUGAAUAAUGCAAAUUAAAACACAAUAAAAUGUAAAACACAAAUGACAACGGAGAACACGAGCUGCAAAAGGCUAAAGGAGCUAAAAAAAAAUAGCAAAAGGCGAAUCGGUUGACAUGCCAAAAAAAAUGCGAGUGGCGGCAACUUUUCCACUGAAUUGAUUUGAUUUUCAGUCAGGAGUACAGCCGGAAUACGGAGCGUAUGCGCGAUACGUAUACGCGAUAUUUAGGGCGCCGGGGGAGCGGCGGAAAUUUGCAUAACUUUGCUGGCGUGGCAUAAACAUCAAAAAACAAAUUGCAAGUAACAAAGGGAAGCAAUGGUCAUAAAAACGGCGCCAGCCUCGUAAAAAAUACGUUACAAAAAAAAAGUUCACGCAAAACCCCCGUUCUUUAAGUGAAAAUUAAUUUAUGCAGCAAAUCAAAUACGGAUAGGGAAGAAAUAUAAAAGUAAUCGCUGGCCGUAACAAUUAAGACAGCCGAGGGCAGAGAAGAAAAGUCGGGAAAAGCCGGGAAAACGCUGGAAAAAUCAAGAGCAGCAGCAGCCGAAAAAGGAAACACAGAGUCGAAGAAACCGGUUAGCGAGGGUUGCUUAUAAAUGUACCAAGACAGCGGCUGCAGCAGCAGUAGCAGUCGACGCGGCAGCAGCAGUGCAGCAGCAGCAACAUCUACAGCAGCAACUGCAGCAGAAACUGCAGCAGCAGCAGCAGCAGCUGCAACAACCAGCAGCAGCGACGAGGAAACACUCGAGACUCUGACGAUUAUAACGACCACCAUCACCGAUAGCGAUAUCCAUGCGACCACAACAACCACGACGGUUAUAGCCAGCGGUACGGCGACAACAGCGGCAGCGGCAGCGACAACAGCAACACUUGCCACACUUGCAACGCUCGCCAGCAACAGCGACAUCGAGGACAGCAGUCCGGUGGAGAGCGAGGAUAGCGAGGAGUGCGAGUAUAUCGAGAUCGAUUGCCAGACGACCGCCCAGGAAGGCACUUCGCCAAGUGGCGGCAGCAGCAGCAGCGGCAAUGCGGUCUUGCUGCAACGCAGCAGCAAUAACCUCCAGCAGCAGCAACAACAGCAGCAGCAACAUUUGCAACUGCAGCUGCAGCAGGCGGACGAGCGAUUGUUGCGCAAAAUCGGCUAUAUUGCAUCGCGUGUGCGCUGCCUGUCCAAGUACUACGGCGACUUCCGGCUGGUGAAUCCGUACAGUGCCCGCCGACAGAGGCGCCAAUUGCAGGAGAUCCUGCUGCGGCACUCGAUCUUCGAUCCUGGCAAGGAGCACCAGCGGGCGAUUGUCUUGGCCGCGGCAACAGCGGCAAUUGCCGGUCCCCUGGCGGCCAUCGAUUGCGUCUGCGGCAGCAGUAGCAUCAGUUUAGAGGCAGUCAGCAGCAGAAGUCGCAGCAGUGAGCUGGAGGACGAUCAUCACGAGCAGGAUCAGGUGCCGGAGGAGCAGGAGCAGAAUCAGGGGGAUACCGAGGAUAACGAAGAGGAGCAAGAGCAUCCGAGUGAAAAGCCAGAGAGAACAGACAUUGAGGAGGAGCCACCGCCGGCGAUUGCAGUGACCACCACCACAACGGCCACCGUGCGCCGGAAGUCCUCGAGCAGUUCCACCAUCAGCGGCACGGCCACCGUUUCCGGUUCCGUUUCGGUUUCGGCCUCCGCCUCGCAGUCCUUUUGCUCCAACAACAUCAAUCUGCUCGAGGAGCUGCUCAUUCAGUUCUACGAGGAGCAGGAUCAUCGCAGCAACCUAACGGUGAUCCGACAUCAUCAUCAUCAGCAGCACCAGCAGCAGCAGCAAAGGAUCACCAACAAUAAUAACAACAAUAACAAUUGCAACAGCAUACAGAACAACAACAACAUGUCGAAUCCUGCGGCCACAGCGGCAGCAACAGCAACGCCAUCAGUGGAACAACCGGCGACCUCGGGCACCACCAACAUCCACUUGCAACCCACCUCCCUGCCCGAUGGCAGCGAUAAUCCGCGCCGCCGCCGGGCCAGCGAUUGCUCAGCGGUCCAGGCCGCCCUCCAGAAUCAGCUGCACUGCAUCACGCUGAAAAACAACAAUUGCGGCAAGGCGCUGCCCUUCCAUCGCGGCAGUUGCGGCGCCGCCGGUGAGCACCUGUUGGCCGCCAAUUCGAUAGCUAAUCGUGCCACCAUUAUCCUGAGCAAAUCCUGCAGCAAUGUGGAUGGUGAUGCCGCUGCCACAGCGGCAACCGCACUAAGUUCAACGGUUGGCGGUGGCAUUGGUGGCAGUAUAAAAAUGCGUGCCAGUGCCACAGAUAUCGAGACGAAUGCAUUGAACGGUGCCCGAGAUGCUAUCGUUGCAUCGAAUAACGGUAAUAACGGCAAUAACGGCAAUAACGGGAACAACGAGUACAGCAUCCUGCAGCUGAACAACACGAUCAUCCAGUGCCACUUCAACGACGAUGACUUUCGCGCCCUGGUCAAGGACCUCAAGCGCAAGGUCGAGUACACGGAGCGCAUGAACUGGCUAUGUCUCUCCAAACGACCGCUGGGCCCGCCGCAUCGUAAAAGCAGUCUACCAAAGCAUCAGGAGGUGAAGCGCCGCUUCCUGGAAAUUUGUGAUACGACCUUCUCGGAGGAGGUGAGGGCCGCCCUGCGCCUGCCGGCCUUCGAUUCCUACGAGUGGAGCGAUGCCGAUGUCAUCCAUCUCAUGCAGACCAUGUUCGUCGAGCUGGGAUUCAUCGAGAAGUUCAGCAUUCCGGUGGACACGCUGCGCGAGUGGCUCUAUGAGGUCUACAAGCACUACAACGAGGUGCCCUUCCACAACUUUCGGCACUGCUUCUGCGUUGCCCAGAUGAUGUAUGCCAUAACGCGCCAGGCGAAUUUGCUGAGUCGCCUGGGCGACCUGGAGUGUCUGAUCCUGUUGGUGUCCUGCAUUUGCCACGACCUCGACCAUCCUGGCUACAAUAAUAUCUACCAGAUCAAUGCCCGCACCGAGCUGGCUCUCAGAUACAAUGACAUCUCACCGCUGGAGAACCACCAUUGUUCGAUAGCGUUCCGCCUGCUGGAGCAUCCCGAAUGCAAUAUAUUCAAGAACUUUAGCCGCGACACCUUCAAUAACAUUCGCGAGGGCAUCAUCCGGUGCAUUUUGGCCACGGACAUGGCCCGUCACAAUGAAAUCCUCACGCAGUUUAUGGAGAUAACGCCCAUCUUCGACUAUAGCAACCGUGCCCACAUCAAUUUGCUCUGCAUGAUCCUGAUCAAGGUGGCGGACAUUUCGAACGAGGCGCGACCCAUGGACGUGGCCGAGCCCUGGCUGGACCGCCUGCUCCAGGAGUUCUUUGCCCAGAGUGCCGCCGAGAAGUCCGAGGGAUUGCCGGUGACGCCGUUCAUGGAUCCGGACAAGGUCAGCAAGCCGGGCUCGCAGGUCCGCUUCAUCGGACUCGUUCUCCUGCCACUAUUCGAGGCCCUAGGCGAACUGGUGCCGGAGCUAACCGAGCUCAUCAUCAUACCCGUGCGCAUCGCCCUAGAGUACUACAGGCGCCUCAACGAUGCCCAGACAAAAACACGCAAAUCGGUGGCGGACAGCAAUACGUCUGCAACCUCCGAUAGCAACAGCGGCACCAUCGAUUCCAAUGCGGCGAUGGUCAGCACUCCGGGCGGCGCCAGCGAUAAGCUCAGCCUGGACAAGGGACAGGGCAAUUCGCAGGGCUCCGGCGGCGGAGGAGGAGGAGGAGCCGGUGGUGCUGGCGGUGGGACGGGAUCUGGAUGCGGCGGAGGCGGCAGCAAUGCCGCUGGUAGCGUAUCGCCACAAAUGCCGCGCUCCGGAUCGGGGAUCAGUGUUAAGUCGCGACGCAGCAUUCCAUCGCAAAAGUCCGCCUCGAGGACGUCCGUGGAUGAGCCCGGAGGAAUGGCGGCGGAGCUCCACGAUUUGCCGGAGGGCAGCGAGAGCGGUGACUCGGAAACGGCCACCGAAGUUGAUGUGGCCGAGAAGACGUCCAAGUUCAAGGUGGACACCGAGGGCAGCAGCAACCGGAGCAAGUCCUCGCACUCGACCUCACGGAAGUCCUCCCGCGAGAAGCGUCCCUCGAUGAUCGGCGAACUGUGCAGCAGUGGCGGUGGCCAGCGGAUCCGGAACUCGUACGGCAACAUCCACGGCUAUCACAGCAAUCGCUGUCACUUUGGCAACAAUCGGGCGGUCAGCCUGGAUCAGUAUAGUAGUGCCGGUAACAAUCGCCGCCUCUCGGACGGACUGCCGCAGGUGAUCUCGGACAGCAAUGUUUUCUACGGCCGGCACAAUCGGAGCAGCACGGAGACCACUGGCGCCGGCGGUGUGGCUGUUGGCAAUCCGCAGGACACCAAUGCGAAUACCAAUCAUCCGGUCGGAUGUCAGCUGAAGGAGCUAUUGGCCCGCACCGAGGCGGAAUCGGAGGGUGAGGGCGAUGGCAAUGACAGAGAGGACAAGAAGAUUCCAUUGGUCAUACCGUCGAUGCCGCAGCUGGCCACAUCAUCGAACGGUAACAUAUCGCCGACCCUGGUGGUCACCGAGCAAAUCCUGCCCAGCAACGGCAGCACACGGAGCAGCGCCAGCAGUGGCCGUGGCGGCUCCGGAGUACCUGGAGGAUCGGGUGGCCCUGGGAUGCCAGGACCAUCGGCCGGUUCUGGAAGUUCCUGGAAAUCGAGACUGCGCCAGUUCUCCGAUUACUUUAGCUUCAGCUUCGAUAAGAGCAACAAGCGCUUCGGCAGCACACGUAGUAGUCCGUGUCCCGGUUCCAAUUCCAGUUCGGGACGGACCAACAACAAUGCCAAUGGAUUGGGUGAAAAUCAGGACGGAUUGGGAGCAGGAGGAGGCAUAAAGCCGGGCAUGUGCUGCACCACCAUCACCAAUAGCUCAGGAUCCACGGUAAAAGGCGAGACGAGAGGAGGAACCGCAGGCGCAGGCGGCGGAGCUCUGACCACCAUGACCACCGGAAAUGAUGCCCAUCAGCGCCAUCGCGCCUACAGCCUGGAUGUGCCCGGCAUGAUGAGAUACUCCUCCAACGACAGCAGUCGCCAUCCCAGCAACAAUACGCUUCAGAGUGCGGGUGGCGGUGCUGGCUUGACCACCGGAUUAGAGGUCACUGCCCAACGAGUGCCGCCCAGCCUGAGCGUGGAAAUGGGCCUGGCCAGCGGCUCAUCAUCAGAGGCGGGCCCAAAGAUUUGACAACAGGGGAGCACCAGGCAGGAUGCGGUAGCCAUUAGCAAGCGCUACGACGGGGCCGUUGAGCAACAGGAGGUGGAGGAGGAGGAGGAAGAGCAGGAGGACGAUGAUGAGGGCCGCGAGGAGCACCGCCAGCUGCAGCGGCAUCAGCAGCAGCCGGACGCCUCGUCCAGCUGCGAGGUGUCCUCCAUGUCGAUGACCGUGUGGUCGGCGAUUGGUCAGCGUUUGAACGCCCUCGUCUGCCAUUGCUGCGAACGCAAAUUACCGGAACCAGAAAAUGUCUAAGUGGGUGGAAAGGUGGGCCAGGCUUAAGCCACAACCCAUCACCACCCAUUCAAGAUGCAAUCAAAUGCCCCAUCCCCUGCCCUCAAUUUUAGCAGCUGGGGGUUCCUUGGCUUUCACAGCCAUUGACGACUUUGCCUGGUAGCUUAGGUUUACGUUUAACUCCUAGCAAAUUACAUUAGGUUUCCACAGAUUUUACUCUCUUGUUUUGUUUUUUUUUUUUUUAAUUAAAUAUUAUUUUAUAUUUUUAUCUUGUUACCUUUUAAGUAUUUUUAUUUAUGUACAUGCGCAUACACACACACACAAAUAUAUAUACAUCUAUUAUUAUUGAACUAAUUUGCUGUUGUGUGGGUAGAAAAACUACGAGCUGCAUAAACAAAUUUGAAAGCAUUGCAUAACGUUGGUAGUUCGUGAAAGAUCAUAUCAAGCGAGCUAAAUGCAUUAACGACAUUGCCACCGAUAAUAGUUUACUACUAAGUUAGCAUGGCAAUGAAAGAGAACUAACUUGGUUAACUUCUUUGAUUCUGAUGAAUACUGUUUUUUGCUGGGAAUUCCUUGUUAAUAGCUACAUGGCAGCAUCAAUUUUCCGUGCCAGUGAACUCUCAGAAAAACGUCCAGGAUUCCAGACACCAAAAAAAAAAGGAAGUUGGGGCCUUCAGUUUCGCUCCCAUGCGAAAUUCACGUCUAAUUACGCAAAACAAAUUUGGCCCAUUGAAGUGCAUGGAACGGGAAUACAGCUGCAUCGAUGUAUGCAACAGGCAUGGUCGCUGGAUUUAUCCGAUGUAUGUAGAUUCAGUCCCAGUCGACUUAUUCCAUUUGCUUCUAGCUCGUUGCUGUUCGCCCGCUUUUUGCCCAAUUUUUUUUUUUGUUCGUUUGGUUCGAUUUUUGCACGUGGGAUGAAAGUCGCUGCAGCGGGAUGCCCGCAGGAGCAAUGUCCAUGGCCAAACGAUUGGAUUGUGCAGCCGCAGCUGUUGAUGUUGCUGUUGCUGCUGCUGCUGCUGCUGUUGCUGCUGCUGCUGCGGGGGCAUUGGUGUUGCUGAUGACGCUGAUGGCAGCACUCAAUUAGAAGGCACUGUGGGAGAUGCCGUUCUUUCGAUUAUGCACGAUUUUCCGGCAGCAACUCUCAGCUGCUAAAUACGUUUCUAAAAAUGAGAAUCCUUUGGGAGGUGGUGGUGGCCAGCAGACAAAAAAAAACAAAUAUCAAUUUGCAUUCGAUAAUGGAAACACGAUUGAGGCCAACUGCAUGCAUUCACAUAUCCCAGAAAAAUGCAGAGAAUAUGAAAAACCCAAGUUAAUUAUAAUCAAUGUACAUUGCUGUAUGUAAUUAUGUUACAUAUAGUUCAACACACUCUCACACACACACACACACAGGCGAAUGCAGAGCAAUGCAAAAAUGAUUGCAUACUUUGCAGGGCGAGCUCUGAUUGGCGAAGACGAAACUUGAAUUCAAUUACGAUAUGGCAACGCAGAGAUAUAUAGAAAAAAAAAGAAAAAGAGCAGAUUUAAUAAAAUAUGCACUAUGCUGAGGCGAGACCAAGCUGGUCCUUGGAUACAGAUAAAGCUAUAUUUACUGAAACAAUUAAAAAGAGUUGUAUUUUUUUUUUUUUUGAAUGUGUGUAAUUAAGUGAGCACUUAUUGAGCGUUCAAUUCGAUGAAAGUGUUAAGAGGCAUAUUUAUUCGGUGUACAUUUGGAUGUCUAGUGAAUCGCAGCUAAUACUCUUUACUAAUUGUGCAUUGUAAUUGCAAGCUGCAGCAUAUAUGUAUGUACCUAGAUGUGUACGUGUCAUUUUCUCUCUAAGUUUUGUGUACGUUUGUUGUAGUGCGUAAGUAAUGAGGUACUAAACAUAUAUGUAUAUAACAUGCAUAUAUAUAUACAUAUAUAUAUAUAUAUAUAUAUGUAAACCAGAACGCAUCAGUGUAUGCCCGGCUAAGUAAUUCUCUGCGUGUGGAUCUCCGCUCGUUGUGUGUUUUCUGUAGUUAGACUCGAGACUAGCAGCCUAGUUAUAAGUUUAUCGAAUGUAUUCGUGUAUGUACCUUCCAGUCCCCGCACUUCAAACAGUUUUCUGUUGGUGGCCCUGCGAAGACUGAGCAGGACACUAUAUAUACUACACAUGGCGCCCGAGCAGGGACUGCAUGGCAUGCACCCAGCAUCAACUAGCUAAAUGGAAAUCGAAAACAAGUAAAAUCCCUUGGCGGCUAACUCGACUCCUAGAUGUAAGACUCUACCUAAACAAACCACUCGAAAUUAGCUAACACUUCAAAUUGAUUUGUUGCCUUAUGAUACUACAACUACUACUGUACUGCAUUACAGCUGUGUGAGUGAGUGGGUGCUCCGCGCCGGAAAACUCCACUUAAUUGGUCACAGCGUUUUAUAUUGUUCAUGCCACCAACUUCCCUUGUUUGAAUGACAAAACAUAAAGACUAAAACUUGAAUUUAAACAAAAUCAACAACAAAAAAAAAUAUGAAAAAAAAAAAAACAAAAGAACUUUCCAACAAAACCAACUAUACAUAUAGAUACAAAUAUAUAUAUAUACAUACAUAAAUAUUUAUCUUAAAGAUACUACAACUACAAAAAUCGUAAAAAAGAACUCUAGGUGUUUUACAAAUGCAUAAAACAAAAAAAUAAAUGGCAACUAAACCAAAAAAAACCAAAUGUAAGCCAUUUCAAGCAUAACUAAACUAGUUUAGAGCCCAGGCAAAAAAGAUCGCAAAGCAAGCCAGAUGUUGGCCAAAACCUAAUAUGGAUGAACAAAUUUGACAGGCCGAAAAUAUUAAUGUCCUUGCAAUGGAUCGUCAGAUAUCAAUAACUAAAUCUUUUAAGUCAAUUCAAAGUAUUUAAAAAAUGAGAACCACAAAAAAAUGGCUGACAGUUUUUAAUGAUUGACUUACUUGCUAAAUUGCAUCAAAAAAAUAUUUCAAUAAGUAAAGACAAUAGGUGAAUACGCAUUAAUAUAAAACAAAUAUAUAAUAGAUGUUUACUACUUUGGAUCAUGUUUUCCCUAUAAGUCUUUUUUUUAAGUCCGACUACAAUUUUGAAAUCAUCUCAAUUAAUAAAUUAAGAAUUAGAUUUUAUUAAAUUGUUUUCUAUGUUGUCAAAAUAAUACAAAAAGUACACAACAAAUAAUGCGACAAAACAAAAGAAUUGAUUUGCCUGUGAGUGUAUGACAUUAGGAUAUCAAAAUUCUGUUAUCGAUACGUUUGCCAAAAAUUGAACGAUUGACAGCUACACUACUUAUAUAAACAACUCUGAUCGAAUCGCUAAAGAGCAUUGCAGGGGCAUUCCUAUCGUAUUUCGGCAAUCACGUAACUAUUUAGCGUACUUUUUGGCAGUCAAUUAAAUGCUUCCCCCUUCCCAGUUGGUUAAAUGAUAUAUGGGAGAGAUAUAUCGGAUAAGAUCCGAUAGCGAUAGAUAGAACAAGUUCCAAAAAACAAAUGCUUGUUCGGACCUAAUCAAAUAUUUAGACAAGGAUAUGAGCAAUUUGGACCAACUUGACUAAACCCUUACACUUAACCCUUGAUUUCCGAACGAAACCCCUGCAGCUACAUAUUUAUGUAUAAAUGUAUGUGCAAAAAGAUUACGGUAGCGAUAUCGACUACGAUAACGAUUCAGUAUAUGUACAAACAUAACACACACGCAGACACACCGACACGGACACAGAUACAAAUACAAAUACAGAAGUCUUAGUAUGCAGUUCAACGUAUGUAACAAUCUCGUAGGUCUAAACCAUAACUACCUGUCGACUUACCGAUCUAGAUUGAGAUCAACAAUAUCAGCUUAAAAACGAAGAGCGGAUUAGAAGAGCACCUAUUUAGGAACAGUGGGAAUGGAACAAGAGAAACGCGAGGAAACGGAAAAGGAACCGCAUGCAUCUUACUUUAUACUUUUCUACGUGACUUACAACUCGAGCCGGAGACGACAAACAACUAGAAAACUAAAAAUAAACUUCCUAAACGGUUUCCACAAGAACACAAGCCUAUCACACGCCCUAAAAUCCACGCACACAAACGCAGCUUUGUCAAUGAGAAAAUUUCUUCCAAAAGAAUAAGAAGAAAUCAAACCGUUUCAAAGUUGGUCCUACAAUCAGCUCAGUGUGACCUUUCACUCCGACGAUGUGACCAAGUGUACAUCUGAUUCAAAUGCGAACAACUUUCUGGCUUGAUUGUAAACAAUUUCUUGAUUAUUUCGCAAUAUUUUGACCUUAGAACUCAUUGACACUGUCUGUCGACUAAUCAAAUGUCCAGGCAAGGCAUCCAACCACCGAUAAUGGACCACACCCUGCACCAGAUAGAUAACCCGUAAUAACCCGAACCCAACUGCUUAACCCUUGAAAGCCUUGACCGCCAUCUAAACUUGGUAAAAAGCGUUACUGCUACAAAACAAAAAUGCAACAUAUAAAUGUGUAAUUACUAGUGACCCUCCUGAAAAACUGACAAAGCCUUUACUCCAAGAAAACACACACAAAAAAUACGAAGACUACAAUUUUACUAUACAAGAACAAGCGAAUCGAGAUCUUUAAGCGAAAUUUUAAGAAGAAAGUAAGAGAGAUCCUUGAACAGCAUUCUUCGGCAGGCCGAAGUUUAGAUGCUCUUUCAAUGCCCACACACAUAUGAACUAAGGAAAGAUCUAUUAUAUAUACAUAUAAGCCUGGCCGCUUGCUCUUCAGUGUACUGGAACGGUUUUUUUUUCACCUCCCAUGUUGCAAGACUUUUUAAAAGUGAAUAGAACCAGAAAAAAAACGGAAGUACUGGAGAUACCCUUGCUAGAUAGCGAAAACCCAUAAAGAUCCUCAAAAACUAUCAUUUGCAGGGGCAUCAACAAGUUAUAUAGUAUAUUUUCAAAUUUUAUGUCAAUGAAUAGAAAUGGAUAUAUACAUACACAUAUAUAUACACGCAUACCAAAUAGAAUCAUAAAUAUAUACAUACAAAUAGUUAUAAUUUGUAAGUAACAACAGAGAUCAGAUCGCCAGCAAGCCCCAUACCUUAAGGAUAUUUCUUCACACAAAUACGAAAUACGGCAGACACACAUCCCAAAAGUAGUUGAAUUCUUUACGAUGAUCGAGUAAUAGGGAUCGGGCAAUAUUAUCUCAGCAGAAGAGCAAGAAUUGAGUGUAAAUUAAACAAAUUCAAGAACUAAAACAAAUAUCCCUCACCAUUCAAAGGCAAAAGUUAUACAGUUCAUGCAAGAGAUAGACAGACAAACAUACAUAUAUGGAAACAAACCAAAGAGCAUGAGGAAAACAAAGUGCUGAGCUAAAUUCGAUGUGAAGUAAUAGUUAUUAUAUAUAUACAUACACACCUAUAUACAAGCCUAAAAACAUUUAGAUGUAAAAAGCUCUUGGCACCCCCCUAAAUAAAUGAAUCAAAUAUCGCUGAGUCACCCACACAGAAAAGUCAACAUGGGUAUACAACUAAUAAAUCAGCUAAGAAACGAGAAAUUCAAUGAAACUUUUCCGAAAAUGCAUUUAAAUGGUAAACAAAUAUUUAAAUGAGAUAACUCAACUUGUAUUUAACACUUAGUUAUGUCCAACUCAGAUUAAUGGCAUACAAGACAACUACAUACAGAAAAAAGUAAACACACAGAGACAGACAGACCGCGAUACCAAAGGA